AUUCGAACCGCCGACCUUCUGAUCAGCAAGCCCCAGGCUCAGUGGUUUAACCACAGCGCCACCUGGGUCCCAUUACUUUUGCUAGAGCAAAAUAAAACCAGUCCCACCCAGGCAAGAGGAAUAAGCCAUCCCUGCAUCUGACCAUUCUUUGCAAUCCAGACUACUGUUAGACAUAUCUAGGGAAUAAAUGUAUUCCAGAAAGAUGUAUCAGGUAUCUAUCUAUUAAGUGCAUGGAAAAAAGAUUAGGUGGGAAGGCAGGGUACUGUAUUUGCAAAAUUCAGGUGAAUUGUUGGGAGUUUUGGUAAACGGAACAUACCUAAAUGAAGCUCUUAAAUGUAAAAAUGGGGGGGGGGAGUCAUAUGGGAAACAAUUCAGUGGUAUGGGAAAGAAGAUGCAAGCAGUGAACACAGAGCAGCAUCUUUGGUCAUGUAGAAUGAAGAAUUUAUGGAAAAACGUGUAGAGAAAGAGGAAAAGACAAAUACGUAAAAAAGAGCAAGACUGGAAGAUUAAAUCAAACCCAAACCCAGAAGAUCCGUUUUAGCAUGAUUAAGUUUGAGAAAAUGGGUAUUCAUUCUAUGAGAGAUGGCAGAGUAGGCCAGAAUAUAAAAUUGGGGCAAGAGAUGAGUUGAAAAAUUAAAGUAGCAAACAGUUGUAGGUCAUCAUUCUUAAGGUGGUGUUGAACACAAAUGAAUAGAUAAUGUAAAAAGAAGGGGGCCUAAUACUGAUCUCUCAAGAACUCCUGUAAAGGGGAAAAACUGAAAAAAAUGAACAAUUGGAAAACUCCUUAAAAGAGUGAUGAGAAAGUUAUUGUUGAAAUCAUGAGAAAACAAUGCCUGGAAAAUGUAAGAUAGAAAGGAGAAACUUAAUCAGAGACUGUAUUGGAGAUGGGCCCAACACUAGAUGUGCAGAAUAUUAACUCUUAGAUUUUGCUGAAAGGAAAUACGUAAUUGGCAAUAUGGGUUAGAAAAGAGCAAAAUCAGAUUGAAGAGGAUCUAUAAGAGAAAGUGAAAGAGAGGAAAGUAGCAAAACAAUCUUAGGCAUGCCUAUUCAUAAGUAAGCCACAGAAUAAGAUAAUCAAUAAGAUAAGAUAAGAACAAAGGAAGAAAAGACUUCUUAAAAAAGGCCCAGAAGGGCAGAAUUAAAGGAAGAACCGGAAGACAGAAACAUGGCAAAUGUAGAAUAGGACCUAGAGGGAAAGUUCAAAAGGGUAAUAGAAUUUUAAAUGGGAACUUGCUCAAGAGGAUUAGUAUUAGCAUGGAUUUAAAUGGAAACAAAUCAGGUAAGUUAGAGAAAAAGAAGCAAAGGAAUCAGCAUCUUAAUGAUAUGGAAGAAAUGGUAGAAAAGAAGCAAUGCAGAAGAUGUUCAGAAUGAAGGGCGGAUAGAAAAAAGUCUUGUCCAAAGAAAAUUCACUAAAAGCUUGUGGACAAAAGAAAGAAGAGCAUGGGUGACAGGCUGAGGAAGUAAAGUUUACAAAAAGGAAAGAGUAGGGGAUGAGGAAUGUAUAUAAGAAGAAAAUUUUAAUUGCUUAGCUUAGGACAGAGCUGAAGAAAACAAAAAACUGGAAUGAAAGUAUUCAGGAGAAGAAUGAUCUUUACGCCAAAGACCUUCAGUGGAAUAAAGGAUAGAAAUAAUGAACACUUGGAGUAAACAGGAUGACAGAGGAAAAAGAAAGCAUGAUCAACACAACAGAGCAAAACAGACAAGUGAGAAAGGAAGUACAGAGGUAAGUGAUGAUGUUGCAGAGUGUGCGAAGGAAGCAGAUGAAAGCAGAUAGAGAUAAACAGAAGUUAUUGGGAUCAUGUGACUGAUGGUCAAAAGAGAACAUGAGACAGAGGAGGAAUGCAAAGGAGAAUAUUGAGGAAUAAAAUAAAUAAAUAAAUAAAUGGUGAUCUAAUGAGUUCAUCAAGAGAACAACAAGAAGAAACAACAAGACCAUGAAUAUUAUCAGCUGCGUGAGCAGGGCCUUUUUCCCCCAGCUGGAAUUUGCCAGAACUCAGUUCCAGCACAUCUCAGGUGGGCACCAUUGCCAUUAUAGGAGAACAAGGAAGGUGCUCAUGGUGACUUCCAGCACCUCUUGUUAAAGAAAAAUAGCACUGUGUAUGAGCGAGGAGGGAAAGGAAAGAGUUCCAGAAGAUAUGAGGAUGUCUGCUCAACUGCCCACAGGAGGGCGAGGCACUAAGGGGGGGGGGGGAGAGAAGAGGAAAAAAAACCAGGUCAAAGAUUGACUCAUCAAGGAUUGAGCAUCACCUCCCCAGAUGACCUGUUUAUUGAGCACCUAAUUUGGUUGCACAAUCCCUAUCUGGAUGUUAGAUUAUUAUUGAGCAUUCAGUCUGAUUUGCUAGUGGGGUGUUUAUACAUCUUCCUGUUAUUCAGUCACCCCAGACAUUUUGAUGCAUUUUCCCAUAACUUUGCAAAUGGCAAAAAAAUAAAAAAAUAAAAAUCGGAUUCUUAUUUAAAAGUGGGUUUGUUGUCCUGGGGCAACAAAGCCCUUUCAUCCGCCUUAACCGGAAACCUAAGGUUCUAAUAUGUGCUUGUAUCCCUCCUGCAUAAUAGUGACAGUCUGGAGGAACCACAGUCCUUUUUUGGAAACUGUGUUUCCAAAACACAGUACUGUAUCCCUGCUUGAUACUCUCUCCAUUCCUGCUUUUGUGGUCCAAGAGAGGUAGCAGAAUGAGGAGAUACAUUGAGGCACUGGUUGAUUGCAGCUGGAUAGGUUAGUCACUAUUCAAUCGCCUUCUCUGGCCAAUGAUGCAAGGGGAAGUGUAGUACCCACCCACCAGGUUUUUCCAUAAGGAAAUGCACUGCUCUCUACAGUGGAAGAUUUCAAACAUCAGUCCAUACAUCGUAUAAAUAAUAUAAAAGGUUCCCAUUGCCAGCAGUCAGGUGGACACUUUGCAUACUGAAGAAAUCAAUUCAUGAACAGCACAGGCACCACCUUUCAGUUCAGCCACACUUCUGUGCAAAAGCAGGGAAGGGGUGGGCACAGCUGAAGCUGCCUGAGCACAGGCAGGGAGAACUGUGGAAGAGCAGGUGACAAGGGAAGGACCUGGGGAUAUCCAUUCAUUUGGCGAUUAGUGUCUUGGAAGAACACGGCUUGAGACUUUCUGGCUUUCUCCAUCCCCGAGAGCUCAUCCUGGUAUGUCACCUCUCCUUCUCUAAAAAGUAUUCCAUGGUGGCCAGACACUCUGCAAGGUCGCAGCAUUGUUCAGGCUCCGCUUCCAAGCUUCCAUCUUCGGCAAGCUCGCACGGCCGAGUCCAGGAACGGCAGCGAAUCCCUUCAGACUUACUUGGUUUGCAAAUGUUCCCCUCUCUUUCUUCUUUUGUUUGAGACAUUUGGCGGCUCCAGCUUUUUAGAAGCAGCCAUCCCCGAGACAAAUGCCCCUAAUGUGCAAGCCACAACUGGAUCCAGAUGUGCAAUAAAGUUGCAGCGUAGGGAUGGGAAGAGGGGGAGGCACCCGGAAAGCUUGACUCAUCAAGGGCCGACUGUGUUUUGGGAGGUAUAGGCUUCUGGCCAGGGAGGUGUAUGAGCGGGGGGGAUCGUAAUACAUGCAGUGCGACUCCUCUUGAGCUGAUGGAAAUUUUUAAAAAAGGCUCAGAGAAUAAUUAAUCCCAGAAGUAAGGGAGGGGCCAGUUCCUGUGCUGUCUUCCAAGGAACUGCCCUUAAAGGAACUGUCCAGCUGCCCAAAUGUUUGGGCAGUUUAAAAGGAGCUCAGUGGAACCUUCCCGCUGCCUGGAUUUUUGUUGAUGUUGCAUUUGUACCUGGUGAAUGCUAGCAUCUGCCAUGAGUAAGUGAAUGUAAAAUGUCAAUUCCUCUGUGUCUCACGUGGGAUCCUGCAAGAGUGGGGGUAAUUAGGAGAGAAAGGAUGGGCUAAUAGAAGGGCAGGGCUGUGGGUAUUCCAUACUUGCUUAAUAGGCACUGUGGAGCCUGGUCCAGAAAUUUCUCUUGCAGACGUCGGUCUCGAUACUCCCACAGAAUCAGAAGUAAAAUGUAGCCUUUGUGCACAAGUCUGUCUAUUCUGAGCACAUCUUUCAUCUCCCUGUUGGGCAUUUUCCUGUUCAAAAACACCCCUCUCCAGCCGAUUCCAUUCCAUUCCACAACCAAGGUUGUGUGUGGUCCUCUAGGUGUUACUGGACUGUAACACCCAUAAUCUCUAACCAUUGACCAUGGCUGGGCUGAUGGGAGCUGGGGGGCCAUAAGUCCCCCCCACCCCGCAACUGCUAGAAUAUUGGGGGUGGGUGAAGAAGCAGCUUGGGAGAACAGGGUUCAAAUCCCCACUCAGCAUGAAUCUCAAAGGGUGACCCUGGGCCAGCCACUGUCUCUCAGCCUGACCAACCUCACAGGGCUGUUGUGAGGAUGAAAUGAGAAGGGGAAAAUUAUGUUUGCUUCCUCAAGCUCCUUGGAAGAAAGAUGGGAAUAUAAAUAGAAAUAAAUAAAUAAAUGUGGAAUCAGAAAAAUGGCUGGUGAAGUUUGCAUGUAACAUGUAAGUUUAUGUCCUUGAGUCAGAGAAAUGCAGUUUUUGUAUUCCUCUUUUUCAGCCUUACAGCACAAUUCUAUGCAUAGCUAUUCAGAAAAGUUCCAUUGGAUUCAAUUAUAGUAAGUGAGUAUAGGCCUACAGGCUUAGACUUGGCCUUACUCUGCACACAUUCUCAAUUGCUGUUCUCCCCAUUGUCAGGGAAUAGCCAAAACCUAAACCAGUAAUUACGGGUUAAGGCGGAGGGGGGGGGCUCAUGGCCUGUCCCUCAUCUUCUGUGUAUGAUCUGACAUGGACAGCUAGGUAAACAAAACUGGGAAAUGGUGAGCCGUCUUGUCUAAACAUUCCGUGAGCCUCCUUGUGCUGGUUGUAAAAGGAUUAAUGGGAGCAGGGCUCUUUGCUGAACACAUUUUAUGACGCGGUAUUCCGUGUAUGUAAGAGCAAUUGCAUUCUGUGGGACUUCAGAACUUUAGGAAGUGACUGCUCUCUAGCAUUCUAUAGAAAUUGAAUUGUCUGGGGGAAGGGCCAGAGCUCAGUGGGAGAGAAUCCGCUUUGCAUGCAGAAGGUUCCAGGUUCAACCUCUGGCUUGGGGAAAUUCCUUGUUUGAAACUCUGGAGAGCUACUUCCAGCCAAUGUAGAUAAUAUUGAGCUGGAUGGACUAGCGGUCUAACUCUGUUCCUAUGUUAUCUGAGAACAGAUCACACUUGCAAAGACGAUGGGCUGUCUGGGCUAUUUAUAUGGGGUAUCUUUGGGUUGUCUACAAAUGCAGCAGCCUGAAGCGGCCAGAUCCUGAGAUAAUAGUGCCACCCCAGAGUAUAAGUCAGGGAGUCCUCUAAUUAAAAAUGUUUCCCCAUAUUAAAAUCCCUGUAGGGGAAAAAAGCUAGUUUAUCAGGGAUAAAAAUUAUAGCUCAACCCAUUUCCUGCUGUGUUAGUUUCCUUCUUGCAAGAAGCACAGGUGGACAUUAACAAAUGUGAUCCUCCCAUUUGCAGUCUAAAGUGGUCAGUGGAGGCUGACCCACUAGGGACAAUGGAGCACUGCCUCACCAACCUUAGUCUGCCCCCAGCCACCCCCCAGCUGCCUGAUUUCUUACCUACAACCAGUCCAGAGCAUGGCACUGGCUGUCAGCUCCUUCCUCCUUAGCCUCAUGAUUGUCCUUGUAGAACUUGGAAGGUGGGAGGAUGGGGUCAAAACUAGAAUGAAUUGGCUCUGGCGCCACCUACUGUUGGUCUCCCUGCCUUCUGCCCUGCCAGUCCCAAAGGGAGCAAGCCAACACUGAAAGCGAUGCAAUCGAUUCUCUCACCUCAGAACUCUGUCCCCUCAUGCCCGCCUUAGUGGACUGUGCUUGUGGGCCAGGCCAGCAUGAGUUCUGUGGAGAGGUCAUUUUCGAAGAUGGAGCAUGAGGUAUAACUUUUCCGAGAAAGCCCCCAGGACACCUCUGCUCAACUCUGCUCUCCAUAAGAAUGGCAUGGCAGACAUGCCACAUUUUCCAGCUGUGUGUCUGGACAGGCUGAUAAGACUCAGACGGGCAGCCCGUUUGCAUAAGGAAUUUGCAAAUGUUUUAUUUCACCCCCCCUCCAAGAAACAAUCCAUUCUCUCCCCACCCCUUGGACUCCCACUCUGAUUCUUCAUAUGGGCUAGCUUAUGAAUGCCAUGCCCUUUAAAGCCGAAGGAGGGAAAAAGAGCCCCGCACAGCUAGUGGUGUUGUUUUUGGGCGUGUGUGAUGUUGUACUUGGACAGUGAUGCAUUGACGGGUGGGGUGGGGGGGAAGAGAGGCUGUGCUAAUAAGGUGGAGAUUGGGAAGGAAAAUCCCUUUCGAGUCUGAAAGCUUUUUCCUCUCUGCUUAAUCACACUGCACACCCUGCUCUCCCAAGCUCACCACCCCAGAAAGCCCCAGACAAACAGGUCUGCCUCCCCUUUCACCGAUGUCUGAAAUCAAGACCUUGGCUCCUCUCCAUCUUCAACAGAAUACUGUGUAACUUCUUCCUCCUCUCUGCCAGCUUUGACUAACAUCAUCUGCACUGGCUAACUUUUGCGCAAACAAUUGCUGCUUCUCGCUUCACUAUGGCAGAAGGAGAAGCUCACUAAGGUGAGGCCAAGAGUUUCCUGUCCCUUGGAUGUAGUAACAAUCUUGGAGGUGCAAUUUGAGAUAGAACAGCACAGCGAGAUGGAUUUUGGAAGCGUAAUGAACCAGGCUGCCACGCCUUGCAUGCCUGCUGGCAAUCAUGAGCUGCCAUCCACUGAGGAAAGUCCUGCGAAGCACUUAGAAACCCCGGUGUUCGCAAAGUCCCCCAAAAUUAUCCAGGCGCGACGUAAACCCUCAAGGAGCUUGAGCCUAAACCAGGCCAUGGAGGAUACUUGUGAACUGGACCUGGUGUAUGUCACAGAACGGAUCAUUGCAGUCAACUUUGCAAGUUUGUCGGAGGAGCAGACCUUCUCUAGCAACCUGAAGGAGGUGGCACAGAUGCUGAAAUCCAAGCAUGGGGACAGUUACCUGCUUUUUAACCUGUCAGAGAAGAGGCAUGACAUCAGCAAGCUCCAUUCCAAGGUGCUGGAUUUCGGAUGGCCCGACUUACACACACCUGCCCUUGAGAAGAUAUGCAGCAUCUGCAAGGCCAUGGAUACGUGGCUCAAUGCUGAUCCUCACAAUGUGGUGGUUCUGCAUAAUAAGGGGAACAGAGGCCGGACAGGAGUAGUCAUUGCUGCCUACAUGCACUACAGCAACAUUUCAGCCAGUGCAGACCAAGCUCUGGACCGGUUUGCCAUGAAGAGGUUCUAUGAGGACAAGGUGAUCCCAGUGGGGCAGCCAUCGCAGAAGAGGUAUGUCCACUACUUCAGUGGUCUGCUGUCUGGCACCAUCAAAAUGAACAACAAGCCCCUCUUCCUGCAUCAUGUCAUCAUGCAUGGAAUUCCCAACUUUGAGUCUCAAGGAGGCUGCCGGCCCUUCCUCAAGAUAUACCAAGCUAUGCAGCCUGUCUACACAUCUGGAAUCUACAACGUGCAGGGGGACAGUCAGACCAGCAUCUGCAUCACUAUAGAGCCUGGACUUCUCUUAAAGGGAGAUAUCUUGUUGAAAUGCUAUCACAAAGAGUUCCGUAGCCCAACUCGAGAUGUGAUCUUCCGAGUGCAAUUCCACACCUGUGCCAUUCACGACCUGGCCAUUGUCUUCAAUAAGGAGGACCUGGAUGAUGCCUUUAAAGAUGAGCGGUUUCCAGAGUAUGGGAAGGUGGAGUUCGUGUUCUCCUAUGGACCUGAGAAGAUUCAAGGCAUGGAGCAUCUUGAGAACGGCCCCAGCGUCUCAGUGGACUACAACACCUCUGACCCGCUCAUCCGCCGGGACUCCUAUGAAAACUUCAACAUGCGUCGUGAGGACAGCAUGGAGGAGGUUGGUCACACCCAAGGGCCUCUAGAUGGCAGCCUGUAUGCCAAGGUGAAGAAGAAAGACUCGCUCCACGGCAGCACCGGCACCGUCAACACCAACCGCAUCACGCUCUCGGCUGCCCCCAACCACAUUGAGCACACACUCUCUGUUAGCAGUGAUUCAGGCAACUCUACCGCCUCCACCAAGACAGACAAGACUGACGAGCAGGCAGUGGCCACAGUCCCCGGCAGCAGCGGAGGAAGCAACCCUAUACUAACCCCGGAGGAGAAGCGGGAGCUUGACAGCUUGCUCAGCGGCUUUGGCUUGGAGAACGAGGCCGCCAUGCAUAACCACAACCCCAGCGGGGGAGCAGUGGUUGCUUCCACCACCUCAGGCCGCCACAUUGUUCCAGCUCAGGUGCAUGUCAAUGGGGAAGCUGCCAGCUUGGUGGCCGAGAGGGAAACAGACAUUCUGGAUGACGAGUUGCCCAACCAGGAUGGGCACAGCGUGGGGAGCCUGGGCACCCUCUCAUCAUUUGAUGGCACCACCAACACCAGUGACAUGGGCUACCACGAGGCCCCUCGGAUGGAGAGCCUCAACUCCUUGCCCAAUGGGUCAUCCAACUUCAACGGCAUAGACAAGCUGCAUGAUUCAGAGACAGUGAUCAAUGGUGGCUACCCCUACAACAACCAGAACACCUUGCGGAGCAUGAUGGGGCGUCACCCCCAGGACCCGUAUGGGCACAUCCGUCCUUCAGUGUCUGCCCAGGAGAAUUUGGCCGACUACUACCAGCAUGGCUUCCCCACUCCUGGCUGGUUGCAACCCCAGCCGCCAGCUGCCAGCCAGCAGUACCCCUAUGGCUACGAUCCAAAUGGCAUAUACCGCUCGCAGUCCUUCCCCACAGCGACUGCGGAGAGCCCCCAGCUGCCCCAGGCACCAGCCCGGAGCACGAGUAGCCGGGAAGCUGUCCAGAGGGGACUUAACUCUUGGCAGCAGCAAAGUGGAGGCAGCAGACCGCCUUCCCGCCAACAGGAUGGUGCCCGAGACAGCCAAAGUCCCAGUGUUUCCAGUGCAAGCCCUCAGCCCAGCCCUUCGCAAGCAGCACCCCCUCAAAGCAUCAGCAUCCCUGAAUUCCCCAGGGUGGCCUCCCAGAAGGAAAUAGAGCAGUCCAUUGAGGCCCUCAACAUGCUCAUGCUUGACCUGGAUCCUUCUGUCUCCAUGAUGCACAAGUCCCAGAGUGUCCCGGUGUCUUCCAGAGAAGAUAAGCCACGCCCAGUGGCUCUCUCAGUAUCUGCCCAGCCCGUGACUGGUCCUCAAGUGGUGCAGCCAAAGUCUACCAAUCCUUUUGGCCCUAUUCCAGGAAGCCCUUCCCACAACUCCAUGGGCAUCUCUGUGUCCCAGCUGCCGGACCACCAGGCACCUAAAGCUCAUCCCACAAAGCUAUUGCUCCACAAUGCUUCAGAGCCAGAGUACCCCAUGCAGGAUGACCAGGAGGCUUAUUUGUCCUAUGGCUAUCCGAACCAGCAAGCCAGGAGCUACGGCCAGGCUGCAGGAAGCCCUCCUACGUCUCCCAGGCCCCAUGCAAUGGCAUAUAAGCUCAUGGAAGCUCAGCAUCCCCUGCUGACGUCACCGCCAUCCCCUGGGAUGACAAUUCAAGCCCAGGUACCAAUAAAGGAUGUGGAGAACAGUGAGGAACCUUCUCGCCCCGCAGAGGAAGAGCCUUUGCAUCUUGAAGGUCUGGUGGCCCACAGGGUAGCAGAAUACAACGCCAAACUCCGGGACAUCCGGAAGAGCAUGAAAAGCCCCCAUCCUCCUCUUCACCGACAGCGAUCCUUCUCCUUUUCUGGAUACUUGGCUCUUCUGAAUCCACCCACCUCUCUCCCUACAGGAGUACAGUCGCCACGGGAGAAGUCACCAGAAGAAGCCGAAGCCCCUAUACGGAGACGUACCACCAGUGAAGGCCAGUAUGAGAACAGUCCCCAGGACCCUAGUUCACCACGAAGCCCCACGGUUCGUUCUCCAGUUCACUGUGUCUCACCAGAGGUGUUCAGCACCAUUUCUGCCAACCCUGGAGGAAGGCCCAAGGAGCCCCAUCUCCACAGUUACAAAGAGGCCUUUGAAGAGAUGCAGGGGACCUCUCCAAGCAGUCCACCUUCCAGUGGUGGUGAGACCUCUCCCCCAACCCCUGCCUUCCCUGUCUCACCACAAACCCCUUACAGUAACCUACUACGCUCUCCACCAGGACUGGCUAAAACUCCACUUUCAGCACUGGGCCUAAAACCUCACAACCCAGCAGAGAUCUUCUUGCAGCAAACAGGAGAACUAGAUGGGGAGACAGUAGUUGAAUCUGAUGAAGAGCCCCGGAGCUAUGUAGAAUCUGUGGCCCGUACAGCAACAAGUGGUGGCAGUGGCAGUUCUCUUGGGAAGCUCCAGGCACCCCUGUCUCCACAGGCCUAUAACACUGAGACACCAGUGAGGAAUGGGUCUUAUCCCAACUCCUUCGUUUCACCAAGUCCUGUCGCUGCCAGCAGUCCAAUGCACAGCAUGGAUGGGUUCUCUAUAGGUAGCUACCCAUCAGAGAACAAUGCCAGCAUAGCCAUUUCAUCCCAGCCAUCAGCUGAGUCCAGUUUCCAAUCCACCAACCUUUCUCAGGGGCCGUCGGUGAACAGCAGCUACCAAAACACCUCUACAUCAACUCAGGGCCUUCCAGCCUAUAUGAGUGCUGACUUCCCUGAUGGCCGAGCCAGCACUCAACAAGAUAGCCACCCAAGGCCUCAACCCCAAGCCAAUGCAGUUGGGGUCCAUGUCAUGCCUGGAAGCCCCCACUCCCUCCACAGAACGGUAGCCACCAACACUCCCCCUAGCCCAGGAUUUGGGCGAAGAGCUGUCAACGCUAACAUGGGAGCCAUUCCAGGAAGCCCGAGCAUGAGCAGGCACGUAAUGGCUCCGUACGGCAACCUCGUUGCAUCGCCUGGGAGUCCAAGCCUGACUCGGCAGCAGCCCAUAAUGGUCUCUGGAAGUCCCAACUUAGAUCGGCACAUCAUAUAUGGAUACUCGGCUCCAGAGGAGAAGCGCCCAACGCUGUCCCGCCAAAGCAGUGCCUCAGGUUAUCAGGCUCCCUCUACCCCAUCUUUUCCUGUCUCCCCGGCCUACUACCAUGGAGUCAGUAGCCCACAUUCCUCGUCCCCUGACUCAGCAGUGUACCGGCAGGGAAGCCCCACCCCAACCCAACCACUGCUCCCUGAAAAGAGAAGGAUGUCAUCAGGGGAUCGGUCAAACAGCCUGCCUAACUAUGCCACAGUGAAUGGCAAGACCUCUUCACCCAUCUCCAGUGGCAUGUCCAGUCCCAGCAGUGGGAGUGGCAUGGCCUUCCAUCAUACUCUGCCUGAUUUCUCCAAGUUCUCAAUGCCAGACAGCAGCCCUGAGACCAGAGCUAACCUGAAGUUUGUCCAGGAUACCUCCAAAUACUGGUACAAGCCAGAGAUCUCCAGGGAGCAAGCCAUUGCACUGCUGAAAGACAAGGACCCUGGGGCUUUUAUCAUUCGAGACAGCCACUCCUUCCGAGGAGCCUAUGGAUUGGCCAUGAAAGUUGCUUCUCCGCCUCCUGGUAUUUUGCAACAGAGCAAGAAAGGAGAUCUCACCAAUGAGCUGGUUAGGCACUUCCUGAUAGAAACCAGCCCUAAAGGUGUGAAACUAAAAGGAUGCCCCAAUGAACCAAAUUUUGGUUGCUUGUCAGCUCUCGUGUACCAGCACUCCAUCAUGCCUCUGGCCUUGCCCUGCAAGCUGGUCAUUCCGGAUCGAGAUCCCAUGGAUGAAACAAAAGAGACAACCACAUCGAGCAACUCAGCAACAGACUUGCUCAAACAGGGAGCAGCCUGCAAUGUGCUCUUUAUCAACUCGGUGGAGAUGGAAUCAUUAACAGGUCCACAGGCCAUUGCCAAAGCUAUCACUGAGACGCUGGCUGCUGACACCCCACCAUCUGCUACUAUUGUCCACUUCAAAGUUUCAACGCAAGGAAUCACCUUAACAGACAACCAGAGGAAGCUGUUCUUCAGACGACAUUACCCCAUCAUCAGUGUCACCUUCUGUGAUGUGGACCCACAGGAGAGAAAGUGGACUAAGUCAGACAGCGGUGGUGCUGCAAAACUAUUUGGCUUUGUGGCCAGGAAACAAGGCAGUACAACAGACAAUGUCUGCCACCUCUUUGCUGAGCUGGACCCCGACCAACCAGCUGCCGCCAUUGUCAACUUUGUCUCCAGGGUCAUGCUCGGCUCCUCUCAGAAGAGAUGAACCGAUGCCUUCCCCCUGAAGGGGGCUUCUUGCCCUUGAAUUUUGAAGAAGGACUUGGAGUUGUUCCGAGAAGGAGUGCGAGGAAGUGCGUUGCGAAAGAGGGAAGUGAACCAAUUUUAGGGGGCGGGGGGAGAGAGGGAGAGUGGGGGAAGGUCUGAAUUGCUGGAAAGCCCAAACCAAGCAAACGUACGUACAUAGCAGAAACCAAGGAACCGACAUCGUCGCCUUUCCCUGCCAAGUUCAAGAGGUGGAGACAAUUUUGGCUUUUUGGAUCAGCAUGAAAUCAGAGAAUUCAGCCCCACAGGAACAAAGCACGGAUCUUAUUAACCUUUGUGGGGUAGGACUAUAUAGUAGUUGCUUGUUUAGAAAAUAAGGCAAACUUUUUAAAAAAUCAUGAAUACGUGAGCUGCAGGAAUCACAAUGAGAAACAUGCCGAACAAGCAAUCAUUGGUACCCAUUUCUGAAAGUAAUUGCUCCCAACUCUCCAACUGCUGAAUGUAUGGAACGUGUGUGCGUGUGCCUGUGUGUGCGCAUUUGUGUAGUGUGCACCUGUUGCAAUACAUAUCUGUGGAAAUCUGCAGUGUUAAGAUCAUGGCUUUGCUGAAUGAUGUGAUGGUUAUUCAGAACGGUUGACCCCUGCAUUCUCCCCCUCCUCUAGGAACAUUGGCCUCUAUUACUCCAGCUGGAGGAGAAGCCUCAUGAGCAGUAGCACCUGAUCUACUACAGAGGCAGGAAGUCCACACUUCAUACAUGUGCACAGUGCAUGUGCACACAUAAUUCGUAUACCAGAGUUGCGGGGAGUAUUUCCCUAGCUAAGUUUAAGGAGCAUGCUAGCCACGUCAUAAUUAUAUCUUCUGGUUUCUAUGCAAUGAGACCCAUGGUAGGUCAUUUGAACAGGGAAUCUGUCCCAUGAUCCCCUUGCCCCUUAAAAAAUUAAAUACCAGCAGUUUGGGAAUGCCAUUCCUUUCCUGACCAGGCUUACCCCUUCUCAGUAGGCAUGCACGCCAUUAUGUAUCUUGCAUGGAAAUUAUUCAAUUGUGCAAAGGCAAGAUGAAUGAUCCAAUACUGGGGAGAGGGGGAUCUUGUUUUGAAGCCACUAGGAAUGAUGAUGCAAGGAGAGCCAGCUUGGUGUGGGCUUUGACUUAAGCACAGCCAUAGCUAUUCCAAAAACUAGUGGCCAUAGUUGAUUAAUCUGUAUCCAUUUGAGUUCAACAAUUAAUAUGUAGCAAAAUUCAUUAUUUUGCCUCUUCAGGCUUUGUGUUUGUUUCUGGAGGCAUCAGAUCUUGCACCAACACACUAGUUGACACUUGGCAGUGUUGUCCUCAAUUGACAUUUGUUGUGGAAAGGGAGGCAGUUUCUACCUUGCAAAUCUUUUUUUGUGCAGAGCCGCUACAUAUCCAUUUUCACAGUGAAUGAGGUAGUAUUGUAGCAGCAGCCAUAGAGGAAUUAUGUAUUUUUCUGCCAACAUCACAAAUUAGUCUUUUUACUAGCAGGACUUCUGUCACUCCUAAUGGGGGGGGGGGCUGCAGAAGUGCUGCCUAUUAACUAAUGGCUCUGGGUAUCUUUGUCAAGGAAAGGUUGACUUGUCAGGAGACGUCUGCUUGGUUGUGGAAGUAGCCUUCUGUUGUGUAAGGUUCUCACAUCAUCUGCACUGGCAAAUCCCAGACAUGAACACUUGUGCUGAAUGGACAAAGAGAUGUUCCCAUGUGUCAAAUCCUAUGGGUUUAUUGUGAAUUCUUCAACCUCUACUUAAACUAGAGUCAAGGCCCUGCUGAAAGCGAGUCACUUUUGCCUUGCUGUGUCAGCUGGUCCAACGGGGAUUGGUCAAAGACCUAUGAAGAGACUAGCAUGCAUGACAACAAUUUGAGUCAACAGAUAAGGAGCAUGUGGGUAGUAAGCCCUUCACACCCUCCUCUGUUGAUAACACACAACAGGACUCAUAACACACAGUGCGGAUUGGGUUGGGCUGAUACCCUUGAAGAGGUAUCCGGGACCUCCCAUUUAAAACAGUGGAUGAAAAGUCUGUUCCCCUAAAAUGCCAUCUGGGUUCCUGAAAUAGCAGGGGAAGAUCUUUAGGGACAGGCUGUGUGUUGAUGAGGCACAUCAGCAUGAAGCCAUGCAACAUUCACUAAAAAAUCAAAAUACGAACUCCAAGUCAUGCAGUCACCUAAAUUCCCCAAGAGAGUGUGGCUCUCUCAUUGCCUUGAUAUAAUAUAUAUAUAUGUAUGUAUGUAUGUAUGUAUGUAUGAAAUAUACUGACGAAAUAAUGUAAGCUAAUCAAAAAAAUUUAAAGUGAAAUUUACACAAAAAGUAUUUAUUUUUGCCAUAUUGCUUUAUCUAUCUUUUACUUCCUCUGAUCUUCCUACAUUCCCCCCCUCCCCAUCCAUGUUAUGUAUGUAAAAGUGCUAAUUUGGUUAGUAUUAUUGACAUGGGCAAGAUUUCAAAAGAUGUCCAUCCCUCUCCACCCCAUCCCCCCAAGAGCAAUGUAUUUUGAUAUCAUGCCACAGGGUAAUGCAACAAUACAGCCUUUCUCAUCCCCACCACCUCCUUUUUAGAAAUGAGCAAGUGAACAUGUAUAAAUUUUGUACUUUGUUUCUGAGUGACGCAAAGGUUAGAGGUGUGCGUAUGUGUGAAAGUGUGUGGAGAGAGAUUUAUUUCUGGAUACUGUAUAAAGCAUGAGUUUUGCAUCCAAGGACUGUCAUCAAGGUGGUUCCUUGGAUGGAGUGGGAGCAUCAGUUAUUGGUGUCAUCGUCCAGGCUCUGCCCCACCCGCAUCCAGAUGGGAUGCCAGAGACUGUGGUAGCUUAUUCUCUUAUAGGUUACAAAUAUUUCCUCCUUCUGCAAAAUUCAAGCAAGAUGAUUCCCCCUCCCUCACCUGCAACUGUCUCACCCUGCCAUUAACCAAUUAGAGAAACACUGUGUCUAUAGAUAUAUAUAUAUAUAAAUAUUAUAAAUAUAUAUAUUUUUUGAAAGUCUCUAUUUUUCAGACUUCAUUUUUUUCACUGCUUUCAAAAAAUUAAAAUUUGCAAUCUCACCCUUCCCCUUCAUCAUUUGCUGUCUUGCCACAGAGAACGGUAUUGAAACUUUAUGGUUCAUUAUUGUUUUGCCAUUCAAAGGAAGUGACCUCGAUAUAAGGCUUCUGUGGUCACAUAUAUAUGUCAUCAUGGCGAGCACACGCAUGUCAGAAUACCUGCUUCCAGCCAUGACCUGCUCACUGCUCCUUUACUAACUCACUAUCUGAAGAUGGAAAAUUUAAAGAUCCCUAUGUGUUUGGGCCAUACUUGCUGACUAUGGCUUUAUUUUAAAAGGCAAAGCUAAUCACAUUAUGUAACUUGUUGCUUUUCCAGCUUGCAUUCAAGACAAAAGCUGCAUUUAGGAGUAACUGUUGUAUUUAUCAACCACAGUUUUUCCAUAGAUCACGUCCCCAGCUCCUCCAGGGUGGCUCUCAAUCCAGAGCUAACCAAGUCCUUGUGAAAAAGAGCACAGAGAGGCACAAGAAGUUGCUAGAAGAAAUGAGAGUUCCCCCAGACCCAAUAAUUUCUAUGUAUAUCUUGAUUGGGUUAGAGGAGUAUGAUUUUUAUCUGCCCUUCCUUCCUUUCCCUGAACUUGCAGUGUGCCUCUCCAUUUGUGCUAAGAGCCAUAGAGCAGGGAUCAAAAGGAGACCAAUCUCGAUGGAAACCUCUGGUCCAUUUUUAUGGACUGCCAGUGCCAACCCAGGAAGGAACAUCCUGGCAUAUGUGAGAAGGAGAAGGCAACCAGUUUUCAAAACACUGUCACAACUUCAGAGGCAACAGAUUGUCUCCUUCUCUGCAAUCUCCUUGUGGGGAUAUUUGCGUUUGCCAUGUUCUUUACCCAUUGAUCUCCCCCCACCCAUGCACUUGGCCAGGAUGUAAGUGAGCUGCUCACUAGGUGAGUCAUCCUUGGGUUGGUUUGUUGGUGUUAAUUUGCCUCAGCCACAGUUUCUUCACCUGUUUGUGGCACAGGGGAGAGAGAGUCUCUGGUUUAGUUUGCUUUCUGCCAAAUUCCCAAGUGCUGGAGGAGCUGCUGCAACCCCCCAAAAAACUUGUGCCAUUUAUUGAAUGUCUUUUAAAGAGCACAAGAUAAGAUUAUUCCAUCUGAAACUCAGCAACUCAUUUCCAAUGCCUGGGACUGAUGUCUAAUGUAAAUUUUCUCAUGUAUGCAAUGUAGUAAUAACACUACCCUUUCAAUAGAAGGUGUUAUAUUUUAUACACAUGCACACAAACACUCUCCUCCGUACACAAAGAACUGCAUAAUGUUGCCAAAGAUACCUGUUUGAAAUGCACUUUCCUCUUCCUGUUGGCUGUACAUUUCGUGAAUGUGCCUCUUUGCCUCUCUUUAGUUUUUCUUUCUUUGUUUUAAAAUCUUGUCUACUAGUGGUACUUUGUUCAUUAUGUUUUUAUCUAGCAAAUUUGUGAAACUCAAAUCACCCUUCCACCAGCUAGGUCGUGAUAACUAAUUUGAUAUAUAACUUGAGAUUUGAGGAAGGUAACUGAGCAGUGAAUCAGCCAAAGUAAGAUGUAGAAGAGAACAGGAGCAAAGCCAUUCAGAUACCCUCAUGUCCAGUUCUUUAAAUGUUAUAAAAAUCCCAAAUUCAUCCCUAAAGUUCCUGCAGUUGCUUGCUUUAAAUACAACUUCAAAUAAGUAAUCAUUUUUAAAUAAGUAAUCCCUUCCCAAUGCCUGUGAAAGAAAUUUAAAGUAAACAGCAUUAGAGACAGUACUGUCACUUUUUGUCUCUAUGUAGCUGACAUACAGUGACAAAGAUGUUUAAUAUUUUGCAGCAACAAUUAUUAUUUGACACCCAGCUCAAUAUAGCUGUGAGGAUUAAUGACCUAAUAUCUCUCUGCAUUAUGGCAACUGGCUGCACUGCUACUCUACAUGGGGCAUUGAGCUAGCAUUGUAGUUUUGCUAAAUCUUUCUUGUAGUUUAAGAAAGUCAUAAGGCCAGAGUCAUAAGGAUCAUACUAGACCAAUACCCAAAAGAAACCAAUGGCCUGUACUCAGUAAUUAGAACUGGAUGUAUUGGAGAAACAUUUAAAGGCCACAGGCCCAAUAUAUUACUAUAUCCUGGCAACCAUCAAUUUAUUAAUCUGUUUGUGGAUGAUUCAGAACAUGCUAUUCAAGUUGAGUCUGUUCUGAUUAAGCCAAGAAGUUCAGUUAAAAAUUAAAAGGGAGAAAGCCAUCACCGAAUGAAUUAACUCUGCCUAUGUGAGGAAUAAGGGACGCGGGUGUCACUGUGGCCUAAAACACAGAGCCUAGGGCUUGCCGAUCAGAAGGUUGGUGGUUUGAAUCCCCGCGAUGGAGUGAGCUCCCAUUGCUCGGUCCCAGCUCCUGCCAACCUAGCAGUUUGAAAGCACGUCAAAGUGCAAGUAGAUAAAUAGGUACCGCUCUGGUGGGAAGGUAAACGACAUUUCCAUGUGCUGCUCUGGUUCGCAAGAUGCGGCUUAGUCAUGCUGGCCACAUGACCUGGAAGCUGUAUGCAGGCUCCCUCGGCCAGUAAAGCGAGAUGAGCACCGCAACCCCAGAGUCGUCCGCGACUGGACCUAAUGGUCAGGGGUUCCUUUACCUUUAUGUGAGGAAUAAACUCCCAGGUUUAUACAUGGACAUAAUAGCUUCUGUCAUACUAAGGCAUCUCCUAUUGCAGCCCCCUUUGUAAAGCUUUCACCCAUUUUAGAAGUUGUUCCAUAAUUUGUCAUCAUAGUGUUUGUACACCAUUUUCAUCAGCAUUCUCACCCACAUAAAACAAAAAAACAAAAACUUGUUCAACAUGGCCCCUCAUUCACCCAGUGCCCAGUAAUGGCAACCUGGCAGCAUACCCACAAAGCUCCUGUGGUUCUCCAAAUAUAUCAUUAGCCAAUGCCAUCCAAUAUAUACCUGAAUUUGGGGCUAAUGAAAAGCAGCAUAUAUAGGGUUAUUAAUAAAAGCAACAAAGAAAGACGCCUAAAACGAUACCGGAAUAUUGAGCCCCACAAAACGAUGACAUUUUACUCCUAACCAUAUUCCUUGGAAGUGUCCCAUUACAAUUAUGUGGUCCUACAAGUGAUGGGUUUAGGAUUGGGGUGCUGGUUUCUGUUGCUAGUAGGUACUUUUUCAAAGAGCAGCAUAAAAUUACUCAACUCUGGAGCACGCCCAUUGAUCUCCAGUAGUCAAUUCCAAUUUUUUAAAGUAGGUCUACAGGAGAUGAGUGGCACAGCUCCAAAAUGAGUUUCAGAUUGAAAGCCAAAUGGUCCAAAUCUAACAGUGUUUACUAGGAAAUACAUCCCAUUCAAGUCAGUGACACCUACUCUCAAGUUAAGAGGGCAGUUCUAUGCAGAAGUCAAUUCCACUGAAGACAAUAGAGCUUAUAGGCAAUGCUUAUAGGGUUGCAGCCGCCAGAAGCAGGGAGAUCCAGACUUUAAAACUGCAGUUCAGACUAUUUGCUGUUUUAUGACUACCAUGGUUAAUAUUGUUACAGCAUCCUUUAUCAGUAUUAAUGACCUUUUAAAGCAACUUUUUGUUUCUUCUUGCAUCCCUUCCCAUUUUUAAGCACACACCAAACAUGCAAAUGCCUACACAAAGAGUAAUUGGGAAGGGAAACAAGCCACAUGCCAGAAUUAACUCCCUUUUUAUGUAUUUAUACAGACAAAAUUAUCCUUUAUAUUUUGUAUCUUUGUGCCCAUAUCCUUUGUCACUUCUCUAAGAGACGCCUCUGCAUCACCCACGGUUCACGUGUGAAUGGACCAUGCACAACUAAGCUCUCCUUUCCCUUUGUACAGCUAUCUUGACUCAUUGCAGUUCCUUGUAUGGCUUUAUAAAUGAUAAGAUUUUAAACAAAAUCUAUUAUAUGAAAUAUACUGUUGCUUGAAAAUGCCCAGCUUGGUGUCUGGAUUGCUGGAAUUGUAUCUCAAAACUUUAAGGGAGCAAAGGAAUAAAGACUCUCUACUUUUUGCACAGGGAAA